AAAGCGUGUUGGGAAAAAUAAAACCGUCACUUCCUGUUUGGAGUGAUGUGAUUGGCUGAUUCUAACCGCGUAGAAAGCGUUUGAAUCUGUUUCCGGUUUCUGUCUGCCUCACAGAUAAACAGCAGCCAUGGAGAAGCAUGACAGUGCGAAGAGGACUCCCAAGAGCUACCGGCUGUCAUACCGCAGCUGCUUGGGUGCUGGUGCUUCACGUCUCGUUUCAACCCCAGCAUUGACGGCACGGAGGCUCAAUGCCAGCAGAAGGGCUCCAAAGUCACACAAUAUCACUGACAAGGUGAAUCCGGAGCAGCUGGCCCUGCUGGUGAACACAGAGUGGCAGCUGUCGUAUGUUACUCCUCUCUAUCAGUUCAGACACACCCAGCUGAAAGGCUACUCCAAGCAGCUCUCGGCUUUUAUCGCUGCAGAGAAGCAGCAAGGUUUGGCGUUGGAGGGACCGCAGACAACCUUCAGAGUCUCCCUCUCUUUGGUACAGGGGAUGGCUGAGUCGGACGAUGAUGCUGAGACCGUCUUCAUACAGAUCCACUCAAAUCCUUUGUUCGCCAAGCCGGACGAGCCACAGAAGGCAGUAUGGAGCGGCUGGCUCACCUGCAUCAACUGCAACCCCGAAUACCUGCGCUCACUCCCAAAGGACUUUGUCUGCCUGCCGCUCUUCUGCAGCCGCGGCGCCGAGGGCCUCACCACUCUGGUAAAAUCCUGGUUCAAGCAGACCUUUGACUGCUGCUUCGGCUCCCUGGAAAUCUGCCAGACUAGCCUCCAGUGGCUGAUGGCGUUGUGGACCAACUGCCACGCCGAGUCCAACAUCCUGCACCUUACAAUGAUUUGGACUCUUCCGGUUGUGCCGCCGCUGCGGGUAACCUACACGAUUCACCCCAAAGACGCCUGGGUUCUGUGGGGCAGUGUGAGGAAGGAGAAGGAGAAUGGAGGAGAGGACGAGGAGGCGGAGGAUGAGGACAGUAUCGACAUUGAGGAGGUGAUGAGGUUCACGCAGGGACUGAAGAACCACUUUUACAGACACUUCCAGGUGGAUCUGUCAGCGGGGAGCCUGAGUCAGGUCUCCACAACACUGGGAUCAGCCAAGGACAUCGGCAAGAUCAAGAUCUCCAACAGCAAAUACAUGAUCACCACCCUGACGCUACUGACGGAGUGUGCUCUCCUCAAAAUGCCCAUCUGAGUGACAGAAUAAAGACUUUAAGGCCACCAGGAAACGCAAUAUUCCAAUUUGACAAAACUUCCUGGAAUGAUGGGAAAUGCAGCUUUAUAUUGCAGAUUUUUUUUUUUUUAUAAAGAAAGCCUGACAUGAAAUGGAGCGUUAUUAUUUUUCACAAUAUUUUCUUUCACACACUUUUCCUCUCAUUUUCCUGCAUCUAACUGCAAGUAAGUCUUGUGGCUGUAAUUAUGCCCAAAACCGAGGAAAAUAUUGUAUAAUAUGCCCAGUUUACCACGUUGUCUACUUUGUGUCCUGUGCUGGCAAACAUGCGUAGGGUCUACCCCUUUUUGUAAAUACUAUAUAUUCAUGUCCAGCUGUUAAUAUAUUUUUGUCAUUUAUAGUUGUAAAUAAAAGCAAAGCAAAAGGA